UCACAGCAGAGAAAGAGGGAAAAAAGAACUCUCUUCCUCAUUGCUUCAUUAUCUAGACUAGUCAGCCCUGCACACAGGCUGCGUCGGCGGAGAACAGGAGCCAUGAAAAACUCACUUCUUUUUCCUUUUCCUGUUGCCAUCUUUCUCUUCAUUCCUGCAGUUUUUCUAGACUCCUGUGAGGGAAUUAUAGGGGGUAAUGAAGUGCCACUUCACGCAAGACGCUACAUGGUCCUGAUAAAAGGGCUGGAGACCUGCGCAGGGGCUUUGAUCAAAGACAACUGGGUGUUGACGGCUGCUCACUGUGACCUAAAAGGAAAACCUCAGAUUAUUCUUGGGGCUCAUUCUGCAUCUGAUAAAGAGAAGCUUGAGCAAGUAUUUUCCAUUCAAAGAGCAAUUUCCUAUCCAUGCUAUGACCCAGAGACAUUUGAAGGGGAUCUUCAACUCAUUCAGGUAAUUUUUUAA